AUGGCCGUCACUAUCGGCGUUCUAGCCCUUCAAGGGGGUUUUCUCGAACAUCUAUCACUCCUCCAGAGAUCAGCACAGCACCUUGCGAGCUCACCAGAAUAUGCAAAGAAAUUCACCUUUGAGCUCAUCGAGGUCAGGAACCCUCAAGACCUUGCAAAAUGCGAUGCCCUCGUCAUCCCUGGCGGUGAGAGCACAACUAUUGCCCUCAUUGCAGCACAAUCCGGGCUCCUCGAGCCCUUGAGAGAAUUUGUCAAGACCUCUCAGAAGCCAACCUGGGGCACAUGUGCAGGGCUCAUCCUACUCGCAGAGCAAGCGAAUGCUACCAAGAAGGGGGGCCAGGAGCUCAUUGGCGGCCUGGACGUCAGGGUACACCGGAACCACUUUGGUCGACAGAUCGAGAGCUUUGUGGCCGACGUCCAGCUUCCCUUUCUGGCGCAGUCGGGGGUUCUCUCUGAGGCGGAUUGCACGGCUCCCUUCCCGGGGGUCUUCAUCCGGGCGCCUAUCGUGGAGGAGCUGCUGGUCAGCAUGCAGCAGGAGGAGAAGGCGACGGCGGCGGCGAUAAAUUCGCUCGAGGUGCAUGGAGGUGACCUCAACAACAUUGUUGCUGUCAGACAGGGCAAUAUCAUGGGGACCAGCUUCCACCCGGAGCUGACGGAUGAUAUUCGCAUACAUGUCUGGUGGCUCGAGCAAGUGUUGAAGACACUAUGA